CAAAACGCUCUCACCACAGCUGUUUUGUUUGUUCGCGGCCGAGCCGAGGUCAAAGAGCGUCGCGAAGCGCACUACUCACUUCACCGUCGUCGUCUCGUCGUUCCAUUUCCAUUCAUAAAACAUCACACAAACAUCCAUUUUCGGCUCAGAGCGAGUUUGGUUUUCCGUUCGGUCGCGUCGCGUUCCGCGUUCAACCUUCCUUCGUCCUGUGCGUGUGUGUGGGAUUAUUGAAACAGCAGCUUUUUUUUCUUUCCUGGCGCAACCAAAAUUGCUGUGGUUGGUGGCUAUAUAGGUAGGUACGUCGUGAUUUACAUUCGUGAAAAUCGCGUUUUAGUGCAACAAUGUCCUGGUGAAAUAGCUUCAUAAUAAAACGUGAGGUGGAAAAUCGAGCAAAUCUUUCCCCGUGUGUGGGAUUGUUUGGUCUGCGGUCGAAAAGUUUGUGCAUUUUCUUGUGUGUUUUCACGCCCCCACCACACGAGUUGUUGAUGGCAUUUUGUUUAUCGUGUGAUGGUGGCAGGAAAUGAGUUUCAUGUUUUAGUGAUUUGCUAGACGGAAUGUUAGCUGUACGCUAAAGAAAUACGCCAGAAGAAGGUCAAUUAAAAAGCACAUCAACUAGAGAAAAUAAAGCAAACUUGAAGCAGUUUGUUUUUGUGUCUCUAAAACAAAGCGAAGAAAACAAACUUAUAGUGAAGAAAGUCAUUUUCCUGGUGGAAAAUCGCCACCCACUUAUCGUCAACAGCAGAAGCAGCAGCGUUCCAACACACAGACACAAGAGAAGGAUUACAGCAACGACAGCGGAAAAUGGUGCAAAAGUACGAGUCCCCCGUGAGGAUAUAUAAAUAUCCUUUUGAGCUGGUUAUGGCGGCAUAUGAACGCCGCUUCCCAACCUGCCCCCAGAUGCCAAUCGUGCUGGACUGUGAAGUUAUCGAUGAUGCAGAAACAGACAACGGAGCCAAGCGGGAAACGAAACGGCGCUGCAAACUGGCCGUCGAUGCACCGUAUUUGUUCAAGAAAAUCAUCGGUAUCGAUGUGGCUUACUUCAUUCAAACCAACUUCCUGGACAUGAAGGCCCGCACGCUCAACAUCGAAGCCAUCAACGAGACAUUUUCGUCCAGAAUCGAAAUCUUCGAGAAAUGUCGCUACUAUGCGCACCCGGAAAAUCCAGACUGGACCUGCUUCGAUCAGGUGGCCACGUUGGACAUCAAGAACUUUUUCGGGUUCGAACAUUCGAUGGAGAAGAUGGGCAUGAAACAGUACUCGCAAACCACUCAAAAGGGCAAAGAGAUUAUCGAAUUCUUCAUCAACGAAUUGAAAAAAGAAGGCAUUUCGCAUGUGGACAGAUGGAAAGAAGACGAAAGCGCAGAACCCGCGGCUACCAGCACAACAACGGUAUCAAUUUCCAGCGAGAAACCGCCCCUCACACGCGAUAACAGCAUACUAGAUGCGGACUAUAUUGCCACCUACUUGGGCCAGCUGUCGCCGCUGCAGGAAUCCAAAUUGGUGCAGUUUAGGAAAAAGAUCGAAGAAACCAACCACGAACGCAAAGUACCCGACUAUCAAACGCUGCUGCGGUUCCUGAGAGCGCGUGACUUCAGCAUCGACAAGGCCGCCACCAUGCUGCAGGAGUCGUUGCAGUGGCGCGAAGAGCACCGCAUCGAUGACAUUCUCAGCGAGUACAAGACACCGGUGGUGGUGGAAAAGUACUUUCCCGGUGGGUGGCACCAUCACGACAACGACGGCCGACCGCUGUACAUCCUACGGUUGGGCAACAUGGACGUGAAGGGGUUGCUUAAAUCGGUCGGCGAGGAUGAACUGUUAAAGUUGACGUUGCACAUUUGCGAAGAAGGCUUGAAGCUGAUGAAAGAGGCAACCAAGCUGUUUGGUAAGCCCAUAUGGAAUUGGUGUCUACUGGUGGAUCUGGACGGACUUUCGAUGCGCCAUCUGUGGCGACCCGGCGUGAAAGCACUGCUACGGAUUAUCGAAACCGUCGAGAAAAACUAUCCGGAAACCAUGGGUCGAGUGUUGAUCGUGAGGGCACCACGUGUCUUCCCGGUACUGUGGACGAUCGUUAGUGCGUUCAUUGAUGAAAAUACUCGGUCGAAAUUUUUGUUCUUCGGAGGCCCUGAUUGCUUACACAUUGAAGACGGAUUGGAACAUUAUAUUCCCACGGAAAAGAUUCCCAGCUUUUUGGGAGGCUCCUGCAUUACUAUGAUCCACGAAGGUGGUCUCAUACCCAAACAUUUGUACAAAUCGGAAUCGGUGGAAGAGCACAACGGUGCGCCACACAGCCACGAACACCAUGGUUUGUACAAAUCAGUCGAUCUGAAACCGGGUCAGAUGUUCGAGCUGAUUAUCAAAAACACAGACCCCAAAUCGGUAUUGACCUGGGACAUUGACGUGCUCAAAAAUGACAUCCUGUUUGCACUCUACCGCACUGACAAAGAUCUGGAACAGAGUUUCAAUGAUUCGUUUUCAUCCGUGUUUGACAAUGCCGGCAUGCAGGAAGGAGUUCACUAUACCCGACUCGAAGAGAAGGUCAGGUGUAAACCGAAAGAAGGCGUUCAAGGUUCCCACGAAAUGGCCACCGCCGGAACCUACGUCCUCCAGUGGAUGUGUCCGCCAUCGUGCGACGGCCCUGCUCAAUUGAUGUACUUUCACGAGAUUCUCAGCUCCGCCAACUACAAGGGCUCAAUGACUAGUCUGCAGUCGGGAUUCUCCUCGAAUAGUCUGCAAUCUCGAUGAGGCAAAACCGAUGAGACUGAUUUUACCCCGUGCGCCACUUCGGGGGAUCAUUAGCAAAAUGGGCAGCUCCCAUAAUCAUUCUCUCACAAGCCAGCACAGAAUCUCUUUUUCGAUGGUAGGAAAAUGGCUACAAACAUCCAUUUCACACUGGUGACACGUGCAAAGUUGCAUUUGAAUUGACAAUUUACUGCAAUUUCAAAGGUUGUAACAUAGAAACAAAAUAAGCAAACAAUCGAGAAACGAAGAAUCUUUUAACGGUAUGCUUAGAAAUGCAGAACAGGCUAGUAACAAAAUGUGCAGAGCGUAACAUAACUAGACGAAAAUUAACAUCAAUUAUGUGAAAGUGCAGUUGGAAGUACUACUUAGGUGAAAAGUGAUUAGCAAAUUUAUGUCCUCGUGACUUAGACAUAAGACAAUAUCAGACAGCAAAGUGCAGAAAUUAUAUGUAAACAAGCCAUUGAAAAACAGUAGAUUACAGUCUCACAUUCUACCUUACCAAAAAUACAGUAUGCGAAUCAUUUUAUACAGGAAAAGCUACUACGAGCAAAUGUCACAAUUUAUUGAUCUUGCACUUGAAGAAUGGAAGGAUAGAUGUAAUGAAAUCAUAACUUUCUAUCCAGUUUUAGCAAACCCAAAUCAUAGUAGAAAUUGUGUAUACACAAAAACAGUACGAACACUACUCAGCUAAUCAAUGAACAGGCUAUAAAUCCAACAGAUCAAUGUGAACCUUUUACUACCUGUUCCCUAAGCAAACCCGCUGUACAAGAAGUAAAUGUAUGGCUUUGAGUGUAGAAUCUAGAACCGCGCAUCUCUACGUGAAGCAUGAAUCUCUAUACCUCACAUUCAUCAACUUCAUUGCCAAGCAGAAUAUACUUAUGAGGCUUAUAGCGAUUACCGAUCCACGUUUUUACACCUCCUGCAGCGUUUCCCGUGUUCUUUACAGUUUAAAACUCAUUUUUGUACGAACACUACUUAUUAUGGUUAUAGAGUUCUCAUUUGUAAGGUACCACUUAGUAUCACGGGUAGGUGAAUAGUUGUAACUACAGUUAUAUAAAGUGUUAAAGUAAAUCUCUGUGAUAAAUUUAAUAAAAUAUUUUUGUUAAAGGAAACGGAUUCGCAAAAGUCGACAGAACGUUUGAAACAUCGCAAACAGUAUACGCUCUUAUUUUAACAUCUCAUUUUUUUUAUUUUGCAGUGCAUUUAAAAGUUACCCAAACAGCAUGUUUAACAAUGAUUCAAGUGUUUUGAAACGCGAAUAACUUUACUUGGGUUUAAUCCUAUUUUGAAAUUUCAGCGAAGUAAUCGGAAUAAACCGAUCCCAUUCGACUUUUUUAGAAAUUGAAAACCUCAAAAUCUUGUUUUUUUUCUUUGCUUUAAGUUGUGCUUUGAGUUGCAUCAAUGUAUAUUGUAUACCAAUAUAUAUUGUAAAUGUUUUCACAUAAAUUGCUGUGCAGUUUAAAUUUUGAAGCACUGCAAAAUAGUAUAACUUCUCUUUUAAGGUUCGUUUAAGGUAACAGACUUGAGUUCAUUUUUUCCUACAACACAUUUUUCGAAAAAAGUAACAUGUACUUUUAUCUAAUGCAUGUUAUACCGAUAAGUCCAGUCAAUACAGCAAACAGAUUCCAACCAAUGAAAUAUACGUAUAGACAUUAGCAAAACCGUAGGAUAAACUUCUUCACUGCAGAAGAAGCAAACAGAUUAUAUCCACACAUAUAUAUUUUUGGAAAAACUCAGAUACAAAACCCAUACAUAAUCAACCGGUAGAAAGAGCGCAAUCGUUUUCAAACCAAAUCAACGUAAAGGCAACGUUAAUGCAAGUUUUCUGUGUUUAGAAAGUUCAAUCCGCAUAACUAUCUUCAUCAACACACUCCCGGAUGUAGGUACCACUCGUUUGAUUCAAUAUUUUUUUACAUUGAAAUCUUUGAGAUAGAAGAUUACUACAAAAAAAAACUUCCCAUCCAGGUUAAAUGCCAGCAAAAAGAAUCGUACUUCAGUGAGAGAAUUGAAAAUCUUUUUACCCUAUUAGUAAUGUUACUGCGAAAAAUGCAAAAUUUAAGUAUAAUCUGAUGAAAAAUAGUUUUAUUGAGGCAAGAGUGCAACCAAAAUUAAACAAAAAGAUAAACUGAUCCAAGAUCAAAGAAAUUAUUAAUGCAGAACAUGUGGUGUGGUAGCCGACCGGGGAGAGCUCGUCAACAUUAAAUAAAUUAUUAUAUUUAACUGACAAUGUC